CCGGGUAAGCCGGCUGGGGCGCGGCGCGGGGCUGCGUCUGGGCCCGCCCAGCGCGCCGAGGCUCUGCGUCGUCUCAAGGCGGUGGCCAUUUUCGAGGGCGGGGGCGGCCCGGGCUGCGCGCGGAGGACGGGGGCGGGCGGCCCUGCGGCGGUGCGCAGCCAGGCGGCCGCAGCCACCCGGUAAUCGCAGUUCUUCCCCCAGUCUCCUGUGCAGCGGGAGCAGCAUGUCCGCGGACGUCCCCGAGGCAGCCUCCGCGGAGGAGCAGCAGGAAAUGGAAGAUAAAGUGACUAAUCCAGAGAAAGCUGAAGAAGCAAAAUUAAAAGCAAGGUAUCCUCAUCUGGGACAAAAGCCUGGAGGUUCGGAUUUCUUAAGGAAACGAUUGCAGAAAGGGCAAAAAUACUUUGAUUCUGGGGAUUACAACAUGGCCAAAGCAAAAAUGAAGAACAAGCAACUUCCUGCUGCAGCCCCAGAUAAGACAGAGGUCACUGGUGACCACAUUCCCACUCCACAGGACCUUCCUCAACGGAAACCAUCCCUUGUUGCUAGCAAGCUGGCUGGCUGACUGAAAGAGCAGAACUGCAUGAAUCUUCUAAUUCCCACUAUUUCCCCUUAGUAUGUAAUUUCUCUCCUUUUUCUUUCCUUUCAUUCACUUAAGUCAUUGGAGAAUGCUGGCUUUGCAGGGAGCGAUGGUGUGUGCUGUUGUAAGGGAAUAUAUGUGUGCAGAGUUCUUCAUUAGUUUAACAGUGCACUGAUGAAAAGAACACGUUAGAGCAACGUAAUCUACUUGAAAAUACUUGUAUAUAUUACCUAACUCCUAGUGUAGGACUGGUCCCAACAAGUAACAAGCAAGUUUUACGAUUUGAAUGUUUUGGCUUUCUUUAAUUCAUCUUAAUUAUAGCUUUGUAUGUUACCCUUAUUUAAUAUAAUAACCUCUAUUGUAUUGAUUUCUUCUGUAUUUUCCUUUUGGAUUUCGUAAAACAGAAGUUUAAGACCGUAAGUUGGAGAAAAGGUCACAUAUUUCAAACACAAAUAGAUGGGACUCCAAAAGAUUUGUAUCUCUGUGCUUGAACUUGAAUGGCCUUAAACCUGUUUCAGCUUUAACAAUAGAAUUUUACUUGGGCAAUAUUUGCCCAUUCUGGUGUAACGUAUGUGACUUUAGUGCUUAACAGCUGCCAUUGAAGCUAGUAUUCCUUUUCAGUUCUAUAGUGUUCAAGCACCUUUUGUUAUUACUGAAGAUGUGAAUGAAGUAUGCAUGUGCAUUAACUGUUGAAUUCACUUUUGUGCCACUUUUGUAAAUACAGUAGUUUUGCACAACCUCUCACAAAUGUCUGUAUUAAUUUCACAUGUUAAAAAGUAGAUGGUGUGCCAACCAGAAGCACAAGAGUUCCUACACAAGACUGUAUGACCUUAGGGCUUUUGUAUAGUUAUGAGUAGUUUACAAUCUUGAGUUUAUAGAAUACCAAACUGAAGUCUUUGCUCAGUCUGCCAUAGACUUAAGCUUCUUCAUUUGUUACUAAUAUCCAUGACAUUCAGUGGCCUUGUGCAAAUAUGAUAUGUUGCUUAGGCAUAUCUUUUGUCCUAUGCAGAACAUUUCAUUUUGACUUGUAUGAAAAUUGCAAUUUAUGUACUUUAUAUAGACUUUUUAAAUGUAGAAACUUUUUACUUCCACAGUCAAUUUUGGGGACACUAGAAUAAAAGGCUUCAGUACUCUG